CCCUCCGAUCAUCAUAAUUACGGAAACUACCCUCCAUCUCUUCCUCUGAAAUCAGACGAAAACCCAAGAAAGCUCAAGCAUCUUCCUUCCCAAAACCCCUCCACAUCCCAACCGUCCAUCAGAAUGCCGAGCCGAUUUCCAGGCGCCAUGACCCAGGACUGGGACCCCGUCGUCCUGCACAAGCACAAACCCAAGAGCAACGAUCUCCGCGACCCGAAAGCCGUGAACCAUGCUCUCCGGACCGGCGGUUCAGUCCAGACAUUGAAGAAAGCCGACGCCGGUUCGAACAAGAAACCGGCAGUGGUGGUGAACGCGAGGAAGCUGGACGAGGAGACGGAGCCCGGUUCGCUGAACCGCGUGUCCACGGAAGUGAGGCAGGCGAUACAGAAAGCGAGGUUGGGGAAGAAGAUGAGCCAAGCAGAGCUGGCGAAGCUGAUAAAUGAGAGGCCGCAAGUGGUGCAGGACUACGAGAGCGGGAAGGCCGUACCGAAUCAGAUGGUCCUCGCGAAGAUGGAGAAGGUUCUGGAAGUCAAGCUGAGAGGGAAGAUGAAGUAGAUAAGAUGUAUAUGAAGGAGUGCGUAUUGUACGCCACUGUGGAUUUUAGCUGAAUGGUAUUUUUGACCUUUCUGUCCUUUUUGCCUUUUUUUUGUUGUACAUGAAGGAUUUUCAUUUUAACAGAAUGAUGCAGUUUCUGCUCUC